UCUAAUUACAGAUUAUUUCUGUGCGCUAUUCAGGCCUAUAAUGUUAAAAACUGUAUUGGAGAUUGUGUCAGAACACAUACCAAAUUUGGAAGCCUUAAAUUUAGACGCAAAUAUGAUACAUACAACUGAAGCAUUAAGCAUGUUGAAUGAGAAGUUUCCAAAAUUGAAAAUUUUAUACAUUGGCGAUAAUAAGAUAAGAGAGAUUGCCCAAAUAGAUGCUAUAAAAGACUUGAAGCUAGAGGAGCUAAAGCUAGUAGGGAACCCCUUAUGCAACAAGUAUAAAACGAGACAAAGUGAUUAUAUUAGGUAAUGUAUCGUUUCAAUAUGAUGUUCCUUUUCAUGAUGAUGGAAUUCUUCAGGUCUGGAUUACGUUGA